AUGGCUGUCUGGCCCUUUAUCGCUGCCAUGUCGCUCAACUUUGUUCUAGUACUGCAUACCAUUUUUGAAGUGACCGUUUACAGCGACUUGAGCAUUGACUAUAUGAAUCCUCGGGAUGCAGCUGACAAGAUCAAUCCUUAUGUCUUGCCGUCGAUGGGCCUGCAUGGCCUGCUCAUGCUUAUGCUAUUACUCACUGGCAAAUGGCUUUCAUUGCUGCUUAAUGUCCCUCUCAUGGCGUGGAACAUCAAAAGACUACUGAAACAGGAUCACAUCAUCGAACCAACAGAAGUCUUCAGGAAACUUCCGCAGCAUCAAAAGGAAAGCUACAUCCGCGUGGCGAGCUUCUCUGCGCUCUUCUUCUGGUAA